UUUGCCUCGUGUAGCAUUUAAAAAAAAAUAUGAUUAUUCGCACGUCUAUUAGGCUUGAUACUCCGGAGGAGCGGUCGCCGCCGGACACCGUGUUUUACAUGCGGUCACUGUGAAUUUGUCCUCUUCAUGUGUGAAUAAAGUUUAUUCAAACUCCGACCGCAGCAAUGGCGGCUCCCGUGUCGUGGAGGAGGCUGGUACACUCCGUGUACACACCGGCCUUAGCCGGGGUCUUCACCCGGAUAUCUGACAGGUUAUUUCGCACACGAGACAGAAGAAGAGGGUCCUCAGUGCUGCUGCUGGCCCCUCUCCUGGCAGAAGCUGACCCUGCCCCCCGACGUGUCUGCAAGCCCACCGGUUUGGCUGGAGCUCAGGGCACAGAUGGCCUCCACGCCCGCUUCCAGUGGAUGUCGGAGCACGUGCCCGCCUUCAGGGUACCAGGUGCUCACAUUCACAUUCUCACCUCCCCCGACCAGUUCUACCAAGUGAUGAAGGCACACAUCAAAACCGCUAGGAGGCGAGUGGUGAUGGCCUCGCUGUAUCUGGGAACAGGCCCACUGGAGCAGGAUCUGGUGGACUGUAUGGAGGAAGCUCUGGAGCGCUCACAAGAAGAUAGCGAUGCACCGGACCUGAAAGUCUCUAUCCUGCUGGACUAUACACGUGGCUCGCGAGGUCAGAUCAACUCAAGGACCAUGCUGUUGCCCUUACUGCAGCGCUUUACAUCUCAGAUGCGAGUGUCCUUGUACCACACUCCAGACCUUAGGGGCUUACUGCGUCUGUUGGUUCCUCAGCGCUUCAACGAGACCAUUGGCGUCCAGCACAUCAAAGUUUACCUGUUUGACGACAGCCUCAUCAUUAGCGGGGCAAACCUGAGUGACUCCUACUUCACCAACAGACAGGACCGCUAUGUACUGCUGGAGAAUUGCGGGGAGGUGGCAGACUUCUUCUCUGAGCUAGUGGGGGCUGUGGGGGACGUCUCCCUGCAGCUUCAGCCUGAUGACUCAGUCAACAUGCUGGAGGGCAUGGUGCACCCUUAUAAAGUUUGCACGUGUUCACAUGUCAGCGCACACUCACACAUGGACCUCUCUCGUCACAAACCAGGCAACAGGGAUGACUUCUCUGCCUCGGCUAGGAGGCGGAUAAUGGAGGUGGUUGACACAGCCCGCACACGGCAACAGCUGUUGAACCAAUCAGAGGACUCCGGGGACGAGGACGUGGGAGAGAGGGUGGAGGAAGACACAUGGGUGUUCCCUCUGGUCCAGAUGAAGCCUCUGGGAAUCCAGGUGGAUGAGCAGGUCACUCAGCGUUUGCUGACAGAUGCAGGUCCGGACGCCACUGUGUUCCUGACUUCGGGGUACUUCAACCUGACGCGGGCAUACAUGGGGCUGGUGCUCGGAGCCGGAGCCGACUACCGGAUCCUCACUGCCUCCCCGGAGGUCAAUGGUUUCUUCGGGGCCAAGGGCGUCGCCGGAGCGAUCCCCGCCGCAUACAUUCACAUAGCCAGACAGUUCUACAGUAAAGUCUGUCAGCUGGGCCAGCAGGAGCGAGUGCACCUCCACGAGUACCACAGGCCACAGUGGACCUUCCAUGCUAAGGGUCUGUGGUAUUACCUCCAAGGGCAGGAUCGGCCUUGCCUCACUCUAAUUGGCUCUCCUAACUUUGGUUACCGCUCAGUUCACCGUGACCUGGAGGCACAAAUUGCCAUAGUAACCCAAAACCAAGAACUGCAGGCCCAGCUGCAGGAGGAGCAAGAAAUGUUGUACAAGAGAUCUACAGAGGUGUCGAGCUCUACGUUCGAGCGGCCGGACCGCCACGUCAAGCUGUGGGUCAAACUGGUCACUCCUCUCAUCAAAAACUUCUUCUGAGAAGUGGUCAGGAGGCAGACUGCGGCAAGCACCCACUUGGUGGGACUCUCUUUGGUCUUGAGGUUGAAGGUCCAAACGAAAGUGGAUCCUCUUUCACGGGUCUUAUACACGGGACAUUCAUACACAUCUGUGGUCUUCAGGCGGUCUGCAGGCACCGCUUUGACAAAGAUCACUGGCAUCCUGGGUGUCAGCUCUUUCAGCCGCGCUGGAGCUAUUAACCCCGCCUGUGUGUCCCAGCGAGCCCCUUCACACACACACAUUUAUACAGCAGAAGAUACCUCGAUGAUUUAAAUAGAGAAUCUUCACGAUUAACUUAUAAACCUGUAACUUUUCAUCCCUGCCUUGAGCUUUUCUGUUUUCUGUAUCUUUUUCAGACCACAACGUUUAUAAAUAUCUGACUUCAUGGAACUGUUGAUUUCUGUGUUUGUAGUUUUGACCAUACACAUACAUUAAGAGGCAUUUCUUAAUUCAUUAUGUUCACUUGUAUAUUUUGGCAUGUAAAGGACUGGAAUAGGACCAUUUUUUUUACAUCGCUAGGUCCCUCUCAAUGAGUCAUAUCUUAAUCGGUGUGAUGGCAAACAGACUAAUGUGGCAAAGUAAAUAAUAAUAUAGUUCUGGGCAGCUCUUAUUAUGUAUGUUUACUGCUCUUACUACCAACAUACAGACAUCCCAGUCACUGUACAUUGUUUAUGUACGGUUAUCUUUGUAAAAUACAGGAUGAUGCAAUGGGUUUUUAAAAUGACAUUAAAAGUGUGA